CGUCUGAGCCACAUUGAAACGAUCCGAACUUGACUACGAAUCCUCACAUAACGAUAGCGACACCGAACAUAAACGGGCUUUAACACAUGCGUAAAUAUAGGCUGGCUACGUGAUGGUUUGAAAUACAAGAAUUCGCCCGACGGUCCUAGUGGUGCCCCGCCGACUUCACCAUGGACGCGCCACCCGUCAAGCUCUCGGAGCUUCUCCGACACCCAGAUGAUCUCGAUAAGAUCCCCGCGUUGAAGCUGGAAUUCACGCGCAAGAAAAAUGCUGUCGACUCUCAGCUACGAGGUGGUCUACGGGAGCAAUUGGAAACCACCCAAGCUGGCAUGAAUGGCAUUACGGACGGCCAGAAGACGUUGCAGUUGAUUAGAGACGAGAUGAUGAAGAUCGAUACCCUCUGCUCCGAGUCGCAGAACAUGAUCAAAGACUUUGCCAGCAUCAACCUGGUAUCCCAGGCCCAUAGAAACUUCGGUGCUGUGGAAACGAUGGUGGAAAACCUCCAGACGUUUAAUGACCGCCUUAACAGGGUCGAGAACAUGCUGAGAGAGGACGAGGCCGACAAGGAGAAUAUGCCGAAUUUACUUGGAGUCCAUUACGAAUUAACGCAAUUACGAAACAUCCGAGACGACGCUAUGGAACAGAUACAACGAGCCGACGACCCGAGCUUACAAUCUACGUUGGAGGAUUACUUCUCGCGAUUGGACGAGGCGAUAGACUGGUUUGAUGAGCAUGUCGGCCUAGUCGCGCUUAACAUGAUCAACCUUUUGAUUGCAGACAACAACAGCUUAGUCGUUCGUCUAGCUAUCAUCGUCGAAGCCGAAGAGAAGAGUGACCAAAGAGUCGAGGCCCUACAAGAAGCAUUGAAGGAUCAUAAAGAAAUGGCUACACGAUUCCAAAGCAUCACCGACGGCGCCAAGAAGGUUAGAGGAUACAAGGAGAAAUUCUUAAAGGCAAUUUCCGUCAACUGCGAAGGACAAUUCGCCGAAGUUAGAGGAGAAUUCCUAGAUGACCCUACGAAGCUGGAUAAGAUGAUGAAGUGGUAUUUUAAUGACCUUAAUGCUGUCAAGCAGGGGAUGGUGUCCCUGAUGCCCAAGAAGUGGAAGAUCCUUAAGACUUUCGGGGAUAUAUAUCACCAGUUAAUGCACGACUUCCUCGUCGGUAUGAUAGACGACCCGGAUUCCAGUUCGGCAAAUACACUGGAGAUUAUUAACUGGCCCGAGAAGUAUUAUAAGAAGAUGCGGAAACUCGGCUUUUCAGAGGGCGAUCUCAAGCCCCAUGUCAUCGACAACAGAGAGCAAGAGUUGGUUAAGGACUUCCGCCAGCUCAUCAUUAAGUUCCUCGAUCAGUGGAUCGAGAGAAUCUUUGCCCAGGAAAAACGCGACUUCGCAGACCGAAAUGUGGAGGGUUCUAACUUGGACACGGAUGAGUAUGGCUAUUUCCGUACCAAGAAUCUGGUCGACAUGUGGCGCAUGUUGCGAGAGCAGGUGGAUGUUGCUGCGAACUCGCAGAGAACAGACGUAGCUGAGGGCGUCAUUGAUGCCAUGUUCCUCCGGCUACGUGGCCGGCAGCAGUCAUUCCAGAAGAUGCUCGAAGAGGAAGCGGCAAGAUACGAAGCCGGCAAGGUUCCCGAGUUAGAGGGUUUCCAGGCGUUGCAAGAUUGGCUCAUUGCCACUGCCAACGACCAAAUGGCCUGCAUCGACGACAACGAAGAAGAAGGUCGUUUCGCAUACCUCUCGAGCUUCAAGCAAAAAUUCGAACCUCUAGCCACGCCACAGUACAUGGAGCGAGCCGAGAACGAGAUCGCCUUGCUCCGAGAGAGUUAUAUCGAUUUGAGUACCUGGUGCCUCAGCAAAUUUGCCAGCCUUGUUAUCGCGGUCGACUUCGGCUCGGUCAUGCCGACCUUCUUCACGCCGAAAUGGUACGAAACAACAGCGAUGAAGCAAAUGAUCAUCACGGUCGAAGAGUACAUCGGCGACUACCAACAAGUACUGCACCACUCUCUCGUCGACAUCUUCAUCCAGAUCCUAGCAGACGAGCUACUAGUCCAGUACCUCGGCAGCGUGCGCAACAAGGGCGCCAAGUUCCGGCGCACAGAGCCCUUCCAGGACAAGAUCUUCAACGACGUAGCCACCGCCUUCGAGUACUUCCGCAGCUUACCCAACCAAGACCUCAGCGGCGAGAUCACCCAAACCUGGCGCGUCACCGAGGACUUUAACAAGCUCCUCACGGCCCCUAAGGAACAGCUCCCCGACGUCUUCGAGGAGUUCAAGACCAAGUACUGGGACCUCCAGAUCACGUGGGUCGAGGCCGUGCUUAGAUCCAGAGACGACUUCGAGCGUGCGAUGCUCAAUUCGGUUAAGGCGCGCGCGGCGCAGAUGGAUGUUGUGAGGGGCCAUCCAUAGGUACCUAGUGAUAAUAGCAAUUUACUGAUUUUGAGUCUGGUGUUUUUUUGCUACGGUGAUGGUGAUGCAUGAUAUUUACAUUAGGU